AUGGGCGUGGCUCUGGCAAGAUUAGUGCAGUGGACUGCUGCUGGAUAUGGAACCAGAGCCCUGGAAAGUACUCCUCUAAAUGAAGCGAUAUUGAAAGAAAUUAUUAUGUUUGUGGAGAGUUUUAUCUAUAAAUAUCCCCAAGAGGCAAAAUAUGUUUUUGUAGAACCACUUGAAUGGAAGACAGAUUUGGACCCCUCAGCAUUUGAAUCAGGUUAUGUUCUGAGUGCACCAACAGUCAGAUCAGAAGAAUCUGAUGAAAAUGGACAGCCUUUCCUAUUUCUUUCUGUACUGCAAAUUAAAGUUAGGAGUUUUGGGCAGCUGUCAUGCUUGUAAUUGAUUGCUAAAGAUACAAAGCUGAAGGAAGCACAAGCAUGCAUUGAAGCUUACAGAAAUCCUGUAGCAAAAAUCCUGGGCUUAGAUUAUAAUACAAUGAAAGAAGACUCAUCUGUAUUAAAUAUUCUUGAUAAAUUAGCCAAAGACGAUGAUACUGAAAGUGAGAUUAAGAUGAAAACUAAAACUGCCAUGCUACCUAAGCAACUGGAUGUACACCUCCUCAAUCUCUCUCUAAAACAUAUUUCAUUAGAAAUACCUUUAAAUUCAGCGGCAGUUAAGAACGAUAUAGAACUGCUCAAACAGUUCUCGCGAAAAGGAGAACAAUCAAUCUUGGAAUCUAUCAAAUAUACCUCAGAUUAUGAAUAUUCAAAUGGAUGUUGAGCCCCACCUUGGAGGCAGAUUCUGGGGGAAAUUUGUUAUGUGCUGGUGAAACCACAUGAUGUUGAAACUUUGUACAUUACUUGUAGUGAAGACGGAGUGUUUUUAAAUGGUGGCAAAACAGAUGAUGAGGAAAUUAAUUAUGAGAGAAAAGGAGUGAUUUAUAAAGACCUUGUCACAUGUUUAAAAGAAAAGUCAGCAAAAUUUUCAGAAAAUAUGUCUAAACAGCAAACUAAAUUUAACGAAGAACUGCAAAAGGAAAAGAGUCAGCCUAAUGAGACACCGAAGAAGGAAGCAGCAGGUGCCUUACGGAAAGCUAAUCCUGGCUCAGACAAGAGCACGUUGGAGAAAAACCAAAUUAAUUUUGGGAAGAAUCACAUGAUCAAGAGAUUAAAGCCAAGCUUAAACUGGAAGACCACUGUUGAGUCCAAAGAACACAGAACCUCAUUUCAUGAGGAAAAACAUGGCGGAAGACUUGAAAAGUCAGCAACAUCUGUUUCAUCUGGAAAAGCACAAUGGGUUCGUAAGAGUGCUGACAAGGUUGAGGAAAUUGUUAGUGAGAGCUCCUCAGAGAGUGAAGAAGAUGAAGAACCACCUGAUCAUCGCCAGGAAGCAAAUGCAGAUUUGCCAUCGGAAUAUUGGCAGAUUCAGAAGCUGGUGAAAUAUCUGAAGGGAGGAAAUCAGACAGCUACAGUGAUUGCAUUGUGUUCAAUGAAGGAUUUCAACUUAGCGCAAGAGACCUGCCAGUUGGCAAUCAGGGAUGUUGGAGGCCUUGAAGUUUUAAUCAAUUUACUUGAUACUGAUGAAGUCAAAUGUAAGAUUGGUUCAUUAAAAAUCCUGAAGGAAAUCAGUCAUAAUCCUCAAAUCAGACGUAAUAUUGUUGACCUUGGGGGCUUACCAAUUAUGGUUAAUAUACUUGAUUCUCCACAUAAGAGUCUGAAAUGUUUGGCAGCUGAGACAAUUGCGAAUGUUGCCAAGUUUAGAAGAGCCAGGUGGGCAGUGAGACACCAUGGGGGCAUCACUAAACUGGUCGCUCUACUCGACUGUGCACAUAAUUCUGCAGAACCUGCUCAGUCGAGUCUGUAUGAUGCUAGAGAUGUGGAAGUGGCUCGCUGUGGGGCACUGGCACUGUGGAGCUGCAGUAAGAGUUAUGCGAAUAAAGAAGCCAUUCGUAAGGCUGGGGGCAUUCCGUUGUUGGCUCGGUUGCUGAAAACGUCUCAUGAAAACAUGCUGAUUCCGGUGGUGGGGACUUUACAAGAAUGUGCAUCAGAGGAAAACUACCGAGCUGCAAUCAAAGCAGAAAGGAUAAUUGAAAAUCUGGUAAAGAACCUAAAUAGUGAGAAUGAGCAGCUGCAGGAACACUGCGCCAUGGCCAUCUACCAGUGUGCCGAAGAUGAAGAUACCCGUGACCUGGUUAGGAUGCACGGGGGACUUAAACCCCUGGCCAGUCUGCUCAAUAACACUGACAAUAAAGAACGUCUGGCUGCUGUCACAGGGGCAAUAUGGAAAUGUUCCAUCAGCAAAGAGAAUGUGACCAAGUUUCGGGAAUACAAAGCCAUUGAAACUUUAGUGGGACUUUUAACUGAUCAACCCGAAGAAGUUCUUGUGAAUGUGGUGGGCGCCCUGGGAGAAUGUUGUCAAGAAUAUGAAAACAGAGUUAUUGUCCGGAAAUGCAGUGGCAUUCAACCACUUGUGAACCUCCUCGUUGGAAUAAACCAUUCUCUUCUUGUCAAUGUCACAAAAGCAGUUGGUGCAUGUGCAGUAGAUCCCGAAAAUAUGGCGAUAAUUGAUCGCUUAGAUGGAGUUCGUUUGUUAUGGUCCUUGCUGAAAAACCCCCACCCAGAUGUGAAGGCCAGUGCUGCUUGGGCCCUCUGUCCCUGUAUCCAAAAUGCUAAG